AUGCAUGGUAGGCAGCUCAUGCGUUUACGCUUAGCGACCUCAGCUCUUGCUGACUCUGGGGUCACUGGAAUCGAUCAUCCUCAAACGCGUGUUUUCGGAGUUCUAGCCUUCAUCAUCUCUGCUCUCGAGACCAUAUGCAGAGCGCUGGCAGACAUUCUAAGGGCACCUUUUCUGGCGGAGAUCGUUUCCGGGGCGGCCGCCAAAGUCGUUGCGUCAGCGGCCAUGGCGGCAGAGGUCAAAGCAGACUCUCUUGUAAAGGGGGCAUCGCUCCUGGCCAAAGUGACAGUUGAGCAAAUUGAGAAGAGUGCUGGAGAUCGUAAAGAGCCGCUAACCCGAUCGAAAACCAACCAGCAGAUGGAGUUUUCUUCAGGAGAGAAUGGUGACCACAGAAUUGCUUCUACCACGCCUUCUCUAACUCAACACGAAAUGUACGGGACCCGAAAUUCUAAAAGCGGGAUUCUGGAAAAGUUCGGAUAUGUUUUGGAAGACGUUAUAGGUUAUGGAAAAUUUUCUGUGGUUAAGAACUCAAAUUAUAACCUCACUUUUCCAACGCAACCUGAAGUAACGUCAAGAUGCAAAGAUCUUAUCAAAAAAAUGCUUGCUCCUAAAAACAAUCGAGUAGAUGCUGAAACUAUUCUUUGUGAUCCAUGGCUAAAAAAUGAAAGUGCAGUUUUAAUAAACUCAAAGAACCAGGAGCUGGUGCGCAACAUCGGCGCGCACUACUACCAGAUCAUCUACCCCGUGCAGCUGCGCCACCACGAGAAGAUGGGCAUCUCCACCCGCGAGAUAGGGGCUCCCAAGAACGUGCAUAGUUUGAAUGUGAUGUUCAUGAACUGGGAGGAAUCAAUGUGCGAUGAUUGGAACCCAUAA